GCGGGGCGGGGGCAGCGCCGGGCCCGGGCCGGUCCCGGUCCCGGUCCCGGUUCUGGUGCUGCCUCCGGUGCCGCCUCCCCUCGGUCACGGGGGUCGGGGGGGCUCCCUUCCCGCGGGCCGCGGUACCGCCCCAGCGCCGUCGGUGCCCCCCGAGGCUUUGCGGGCGACCAUGGCGGCGUUCUGGCAGCAGCGGGGCAGGCGGCAGGAGAACGGCGGGCUGGGCAGUGUCAUCGACGGGCUGGGCAGCGUGUUCGAUGUGCUGCUGGCCAACGCCAGGCUGGUGCUGGGCGUCAGCGGCGCGGCCGUGCUGGCCAUCGCCACGCUGGCCGUCAAGAGGCUGAUCGACCGAGCCACCAGCCCUCGGGAUGAUGGCGAUCCCAAAGCUGAGCAGAAGUCCCUGGAGGAGAGCUGGCAGGACUUGGCAUUAAUCAAGACAACACCAAAACCCCCCAAGAAGCAGAGAAGGGAAGACCUCAGUGAGCCUCUGCUCUCUGCAGCUCAGCCUCUGGUGCCAGAUCCCAAGGGCUGCUCUGCCCCUCUGGGGGCUCCUCAGGUCAAGUCCAGCCCCCUGCGCUGCCUCACGCUGCAGGAGAAGCUCCUGUCACACAGCAGCCAGCUGGCUGUGCCCGAGAUCCAAGUGUCCCUCGUCCCACAGCUGGCCAGGAACAUCUGCACCCACCUGCAGAACUUCCUGCGGAGCAAAUGCCCAGAGCUGCCCUUCGGCCGCCUCUUCCUCAGCGGAGCCCUGCUUGAUGGCCUCGAGGUCCUGGCAGCUGACCACAUCCACCUCAUGCUCCCGGUGGUGCUUGACACCGGGCUCUGGAGCCUCAUCUCGGGGGAGGACACCGUGGUGAGGAACCCCCAGUACUGGAUGAUCAAGAGGAUCGAUCUGGGGUAUUUCCCUCGUGGGUGCAGCCCCUGGGACAGGUUCAUUGUGGGCCGGUACCUCUCUUCCAGCGUGCUCAACGAGACCCUCCACAAGCUGCUGGUGGCCUCCAUCAACUGGCCUGCCAUCGGUGGCCUGCUGGGAUGUGCCAUCCACCCCGUCGUGGCCUCCCGGGAGCUGAAGCUGGAAGUCAAACACGAUCAGGUUGAGCUGAGCAUCACCCUCUUCCCAGUGGUGGAAAUGGAGGACAAGGUUCUUCUGGCUGUUCCUCCUGAAGGACUGGUGGAAAACCUCUGGCUGGAGAGCUUUUACAGGGCGGAGGUCUCGAGGGUGAAGCAGCUGGAUGCUGGUGACUCCGGGGUUCGGCAGCUCUGCCUCCGCAUCCUGAACGGCGUCUGCAGGAGCCAGCCCAGCCUGCACAAACUGGGUGGCAGCCCCGUGACCCACGUCAUCCUGCACCUCAGUGACACUGCUUCGGACUGGGCAGAGGAAAGCCUUGCUGACAGGUUCCAGCAGGUGCUCGAGGAGCUGGUGGCCUCUCUGGAGAAAGGAGUCCUGCCUUCUUACUUCAACCCCAAAAUCAACCUGUUCUCCGGGCUGUUGGAAGAGGAAAUUGAUGAGAUGGGCUUUGUGCUCUACAGGGCCAUAUCCGAGCCAGAGGUCCUGCUCAAGUGACUGGUGUGUCAGGAGCUCCUGAACGUGGGGUGUUGCUCCUCUGCCUGCUGCUCCCUGCUGUGAGGGCUGUGAUGCUUCUAGUUGACUAGUCAGUAAGAGGCAAAGUUCUUGCACUUUAUGAGAAAAAGAAAUGUUUCCUGUGUGAAUAAAACGUGCCUGAGCAGAGGUGGGUGCUGGCAAAAGGAGCCUUUGGCUCAGAGGCUCUGCUGAACCCAAGGAUGUGAGUUCUGUCUGCUGGGAGCCCAGUGAAGCAUGUUUGGUCUCUGGCUCCCUGUGUUCUCUGCCUGUCCCAGCUGUCAGGUUCCCCUCACACUGUGAGACCAGCUGGAUCUGGAGGGGAGCAGCCCCUUCCUGCUGCUGUGUCCUGCAGACCCCUCAGGUGCCACGUCCUGGGUUGGUCCUGUCACCAGCACCCCACGUGGUCUCACUGUGCCAGCACUCACCCACAUGUAGGAUUUUGCCAAUCCAAAAUAAACCCUGUGGAUGAUCUGGGUGAUUGUCUGGGUGCUGGAUGGUACAGCCAUAGCAAAUGGGGGCUGGGGGUUUAUUCCUUGGAAACCCUUCCAGCUGCCAGAAGGGGUGAGCUCAGCCCUACCUCUUUGUUCUGACAGUGUUGAUGCUGCCCCAAAGAAGGGGCCCUUGUCCCGUGCAGUGUUUUGCUGGAAGAUGGUCCUGAAAAGGAGCUGCUGGUUCUGGGGAAGUUCCUGGUUUCAGCUGGAGGCUACAGCAGGGCUGUUUCCCCUCCCCGGUGGGUGGGUGGCUGCCAGUGUCUGUCUGCAGGUCCUGUGUCACCUCCCAGUCUGUCUGGUCACCUUUUCACACAUGUAUUGCUGCUGUCUUGAGGUCCUUCUUAUUCCCUGGAGCCCCAUGGUAUGGGGUGGGGAAGCAGGGCUGGAAUGAUGUUGUGAGCAGAGUGUUUGCGAGAACUGAAGUGGUUUAUGCUUUUUAUUAAGAAGAUAUAUUUUGUUUGGGUAUUUUGUUGUGUUUUUUUUCUUUUCCUUUGAGUGGCUGCUAGUAGGGUUUGGUCUGGCUCUAGUCCCAGAGAAAAGGAAUUUAUUCUUGUAUUUAAUGGGAAGAGCUGGUUUUGCACGUGGGUGGAGCUGGAGAAAUCCUGUGGACUUCACUGUGAGCAGCUGUUGUGGUUUAGUUUUCUUUACAGCUAUCCUCUUGUUUAUGGGAGGGAAAAAAACCUGCUUUUCCUCCCAGUCUGACAAUUACUUGUUCCUCCAAACUACUUCCCAGGUGUUAGUGAUGAGAAUAAACCUUCCCUGUGCACACAUGGAA